AUGGUUCUCGAGAACUCAUCUUCUAAAGAGGUAAACGAAUCAUUCGACUCAAUUCCUACAUCCGACAGCGAUCCUUAUGCGUCUUCAGAACAAGGUCAAGGUGAAGGCCAAGGUACGGGUAUAGAGAUGUACAGAAUCCAAACCAGUACAUUACCUAAACCUUUACCGAUAUUCGGUCCUCUAUUCGGUUUCAAUGAUACCUUUCUAAGCAAGAUCGUCAAUGCCCGGGUCCAGAAUGCAAUCAAAGUUACAAACCGGCCUCUAAGACAUGAAGAAAUCGACGCCCUUGCAUAUCACACGGCGAAAAUCAUCAGAAUUAAUUCAUUCGCUCCUGUUGCAGGAUUAUCUGCGGGAAUCUACAGAGCAACUCAAACUGCCGCCACUUUCCGAUUUCCAUUCUAUCAACCAAACCUUGAAACGUUCAAUUCAAGUGUAUUCCCACAUCCGCGAAUGCCUUACAUCAGGGGAUUUCCGGCAAUCAUUGCCUGGCAUACAUUUAGAGGUUUAUGUUAUUGUUAUGUAGGACAAACGGUAUCAAAAUUGCUAAUUGGAGCAUAUGCGGCUAGUGUAGGGGCAGUAGGACAAAUGGGUGAUAAACGAUUAAAAGAUAUUGUAAAAGCUACUACGGAAGAAGUUGCCAGAACUCAAAAGAAUCUACCUAGUCCAGCAGGAAUCCCAAGACCACGAAUGAAGCCGGGACAAGGACAAGGACAAUCACAAAGUGGAAAUACUCAGGAUUAUGAUGAUGCUAGUCCAACGGGUGGCGAUUGGUAUGGAGAUGAUACACCGGGAUCUGCACAAUCAACCCCUCAGACUUUUCCGCCCAUGAAACCACAAAGUAGACAAUUCCCCAAACAAGCUUCAGCACAAGCACCAGCCAACGCACCAGCACAAGAAGAAGAAAGGCCAUUCGAUUUAUUCGAUGACGCAUCACCUACCAGUGGACAAGAAAUGGAUACCAAUACAAGCACAUCUCAAACUUCCAAAGCAACCUCAGGUUCAGCAUGGGAACGAAUUCGUCGUGGUGAAAAACUUGGUUCUAAUAUCAAUACACCUACACAAUCUCGACAAUCUGGUGGGACUAAAAAUACACCUAAAGCUUCUGAAAUAGCAAGUACAGAUAGUUUUACAUUUUCCAAAACAGAAGAAGAGAGAAAUUUGGCGCAAUUGGAGGCGCAGAAGGAAUUUGAUGCGAGAGUUGAGAAGGAGAGAAGGGGUGGGGAUUUUAGUAGUGCUGGAGAUCAGAAGAAAUGGUGA